GUUGUGGAUCAUCAAUGGCGGUGGACUUGAAAACAAAUUGCAAUCAGUGAAAAUGCCUUUACUGUAAUAAGGUUAUGGGGACACAUCAGCCAACGGCAGCAUGACGUCGUUUGACGUAGAGAACGGAAUACACUGUUUUAUUAAAUAGGGGCAAUGGGAAUGGAAAAACUAACGCACAGAUCAACGAAAUUCGGAGAUCCGUUUGGUCGGGACCCCUCACCCAAAGCGUUUUACCAUCCAAGUAAACAGAAAAAGUUAGGAAAGAAACAGAAAGAGAUUACCCUGAGCCCAGCUCGCGAUGACAGCAAGGCUAGACGACACAGCCCAUCAGAGGAGAUGUUCCUCAAAGGCACCAAUAUCUUCUCAUCUGUCAAGACCCCUCCUGAGAGGAGUGACCACUCAUCCCAGUUUGAUGAAUCCUGGCCGAGCAGUGACCGUCCCUUCAGUAGCAGUCCCGAGUCUGGGGGCCAUCGUACCAUGCUGGACUCCCUCUCACAGCUCAAGUCAGCGCUAGACAGAACAGACAGACAGUCUGGAAAGUCUGCCGAGGAAAGGAAUCAGACAAGGGAGACAACUGCAGAGAGAGGAUCUGUACUACAGAAUUACAUUGAUCGGUUCCGAUAUGGAGUUCCGAUGAGCCGGGCUGAGCGGUCGCAGAAAGUCUCCAGCAAGCCGGAUUUCUGGUGGCUUGCUCACAGCCCGCCCACCCCCAGCGACACCUCCACCCCCAAGGACGACCUUCACCCAAGGAGCAGGCAGUUUACGGAUCAGGGGAGAGAAAGGAUGGUCCCAAGCAGUAGAGAUAAGACUGGGAGGGUGAUGACCUUGCAUGGGUUGUCGGAGCCUGCAUUGGAUGACGUCACACGGAAGCUUCAGGAACGUGCAGCCAGGCUGCUGGAAGAGAGUGGGAGUAGCCUCCAUUCCUCAGAGCCGGCAGUCAGCACAGAUGGCCUGGGAACAACAAGCGGCACUGCAGGCAGCAGCUUUGACGAGGCACCAUACCGACCGUUGUUCACAAGAUUACAUGAUCCAAUAAGUCAACCUGAUGUCCGUUCUGCUCCCGUCAAGCUGCAGCGACCUUCAAGACCAGAGGAAGAUAUUCUCUACCAGUGGAGACUAAGACGGAAAAUGGAGACAGCUCAGCAAGGUCAUCCUUUGUUAGAGGUCAAGGUCACAGGGUCAAACAAGGACAUUGACAGUAAGCUUGAUGCCUUCCGUCGACGUCUGACCGGUGUUGUUGAUCCAGGUCCAACAACAGCCAUACCUACAGGCACCCUGAGGGAGCCCACCCCGAUAGAGACCGACCCCCAAGAGAUCACCCCUAGAGUGACCAGCCACAGCCAUGCUUCCUCCUCUGUCCACUUCACUCCUGCACCUUCAACAGACAAGGUGGAUGCACAAGUUCAGACCAGAAAAUCGUUAGAAGCCCUCCAGCCUAAAAACUCACCGGUACACACACCUCCACGAAAACCAUCUUCCAGCAAGCCUGAGAUUGCAAGCCCUACCUUACAUCGUCACAAACAUUCCGAGGGGAAAACAGAUCCUCAUCUUCAUCUAAUGUGCGAUCUCCUGCCUUGCCCUCAUGCAGAUAAAUAUUCCAGAAAAUACCCUGAGCUUUACAAACAAUCCAGUGAGAUUUCAGAAUCUGAAGAAAUGUCAUCAGAUCAGACCAAUGUUCAAUAUAAACAGUUCUUACAAGCCGAGAAGCCGCAUAGUGAAGAAAAACGAUCUAGACACAAACAUGAUUCAGGCAGAACAAAACCCAAAGAUGAUGAAGAGCUGGAUGAAGAUGAUGAGGCAGGAUCUGCUGAUGAAGAACAGGUGAAGAUUGAGGUUUCGGAUGUGUUAGACUUAUCUGACAGUGACAAACCAAGUUCAGGGACACAGCGUAAAGGGAGACAACUUAGGUUGAGUGAUAAUGACAAGGGAGGUAAUUACAGUGUUGAGGGAAGAAGACAUUUACAGCAAAAGCAACAUAAGCACAGAGAACUGGAGAAGAGGGAUGGGCAUGAGAGAAGAGGGGAGAGAAGCACAAGAGAAGGGCCAUCUGGGUAUGUUCAUGAUUCUACAGAUUCCAGAAGGACGGCCGAGGUGAAGAGAGUCGUGUCUGGUAUGGUUAAAGGUGGUCUUCCCCGACCAUCCCACUCUAGCAGCCCUGCUAGAAAACCACAGUCAGUGUCCUCAGCUAUUGGCCAGACUGUGUCGGAGCAUCUGUUCGAGGGUUCAUCCAGCUGUGUGCUGUCCAGUGUAGACUCCUGGGCCUCUGUCCCUGACCAGUUACAGACGCCGUCCAUGUCCCCUGCCCAACACAGGCCACAAACCCCACCAACAUCCUCUGACCCACCCAGGUCCGAAGUUCCUCCCAUGGCUGACCUGCCUGAUUUGGAAGCUCCGACCAAACAAACAACACAAGGUGAAGGUCAGACAGGGGUCAAGGAACCAGUUCCAGCCAGUCAAGAUGACACAAAUGAAGAGUAUGAGUCCGAUGGGGACUUCCCAGAUGACCAUCUACUGCAGAUGCUUCGACAGCAGAGAGCAGAGUACGAGAUCAAACUCAGACAAAUUGAUGACCUCCUUCAGCAAUCUUCUUUUGCCCAGAGGUGAAACAAGAGAUGAGUCUCAGUAUUCCGUCCAUGUAGGCUCCGGCCAGUCUCAGCAACAGGUCAAGGCAGCAGUUUUCCAGUAUAAUUGGCUGGACUUUUAUGUAGACUCUGUGAAUAACAUUAUCUU